UGGGCGGGGUUUAGCCAUAGUUAUGACUUUGUGGCUGUGGUAACUUGUGUCGACCGAACGUCAGUGUCAGAUUAAAACGAGUAUAGGGUAGUGUAGCACAAAUUAUAAAGGUUUUAAAAUGGCAUAUAAUUCUGGUAGUCCGUAUAGAGGAGCUCCACAACAACAACAACAACAACAACAACAACAACAAUACAACAACGCAGCGCCGGGACCGGAUCAAGGUUUUCUUUGGAAUAUAUUUCAGAGAGUGGACAAGGACAGGAGCGCCGUGAUAUCAGACACAGAGCUGCAGCAGGCUUUAUCGAACGGUACAUGGACCCCAUUCAACCCAGUGACGGUCCGAUCAAUCAUAUCCAUGUUUGACAGGGAGAACAAAGGAGGGGUGAACUUCAAUGAGUUUGCGGGUGUGUGGAAGUACAUCACGGACUGGCAGAACAUCUUCCGCACCUACGACAGAGACAACUCUGGCUUCAUCGACAAGAACGAGCUGAAGCAGGCACUGACUGGAUUCGGGUAUCGUCUCUCAGACCAGUUCUACAACACUCUCAUAGAGAAGUUUGAUCGUCAGAGGAAGGGACAAGUGGCCUUCGAUGACUUCAUCCAGUGUUGUAUUGUUCUACAGAGGUUGACCGACGUAUUCAGGAGGUACGACACGGACCAAGACGGCUGGAUCCAGGUUUCCUAUGAACAGUAUUUAUCCAUGGUUUUCAACGUUGUAUAGAAAAGCCAAGAGCACAACUGGACACAAUUGUGCCAAAGCCAAAUCCUUCCCACCUCCACAACAUGUCUUCCUGGAUAAAGAUGACCAAAACACAAGUGGACUGGGUCUCUGGGUUAGGAUAUAACAACAUUACGUACUGUCUGUCAUUGUUCAUAAUGUUUGUUUAAUAUCUGAAUCUUAUCUUGAUAAUGGUAAAGGCCUGACUAUCUUUGUUUUAAGGUAAACCUGCAUUGUACAUAUCAUUUAGGACAAAUAACUGCAUGCUUCCGGGGGACUUCUGCCAAUGUUCAAAGCAUGCCCUCUAUCUCAGAUCUAUUUUGCUGAAGCCAUGUUUACAAACACUGUGACAGCAGGUUAUGGUGGGGCACAAAGCCUGCUUUUAGAUUCACUGACAUGCCAGCUAACGCCAUAUUUCUAUAGUCUUAUUUUUAACCAGCAAAUCCAUAAAAAAAAAAAAAAGUUAGAGCCUAUUAAGAUUUUAGGUAAAAUAAGCGUACGCUUUUGUAUAGCUUUUUUUGUGUGUGCAUGAUGCCUUAAACUGUAUAAAUGCAAGAUUAACAUCUUUUGUUAAAAAAUAAACCUGAAAAAAGUUGUGA